AUGAAGCUUGAAGGUUGGAAAGAAACCCUCAUAUCCAAGGCGGGGAAAGAGAUUCUAAUAAAAUCAGUGGUACAGGCAAUUCCACAGUAUGCAAUGUCGAUAUUCAAGAUACCCACUUCAAUCUGCAAAUCAAUGGAGAGGAAAAUCGCGUCUUUUUGGUGGAGUAAUAGUGAGUCCAAAACCGGACAGCACUGGAAAAGAUGGGAUAUCCUGAAAACCAGAAAGGACAAAGGGGGGCUAGGCUUUAAAGAUCUUAUGGAUUUCAACAAAGCUAUGCUAGGUAAGCAAGCUUGGAGAAUAGCUCAAAAUCGAGUUCACAUGUGGAGCAGAUUGCUAAAAGGAUUGUAUUACCCGGACAAAUCCUUUUUUCAUGCGAAGAAAGGUUCAAGACCAUCCUGGGGCUGGCAAAGUAUUCUUUAUGGAAGAGAAGCCAUUUCGGGGUCAGUGAGUUGGUCAAUAGGCAAUGGCGAAACGGUUAACAUAAGAGAGGACCCUUGGCUAAAGAGGGGUAUUAUAGGUGGUCCAGCAAAUGUAAAUGACCCUUCUUUUGUAGCAGAUCUCAUUUUAAAACAGAAUGCUAUGUGGGAUGAAUCAACACUUAGACGUGUAUUUGAUGAAGAACUAGUUAAAGAGAUCUCGUCUAUACCGCUAAACCUGCCUCUUGGAAAGGACAAGCUUAUAUGGACAGGGAAACAAUCGGGAGAUUAUACAAUAAAGAAUGGCUACAAUGUUAUCAGAGAUAAAGUACCCCCGACCUUCCUUUGA